GGGAGACAACCCGAUCGCAGCGGUUCCAUAGAGGGCGAGAGACUACAAUUUCUCUUCAUCGGCUGUCCCCACAACCGAUAGGGAAAGAUGGCUCGGGAUAUGUCAGACAUUGACAUCCUUAAGAUGGAGCUGGAACAGCUGAAGAAAGAGGUCUCAACACCCAGGGAGCCUGUGUCCAAGACAUCCAAGGACAUCAUGGAGUGGUGUGAGGCUGCGUCGGGCACCGAUCUCCUGAUAACAGGAGUACCAGAUGAUAAGAACCCUUACAAGCCUGAGAAGGGAGGCUGCAUGAUCACCUAGCUCGCCUGGGGAC